AUGGCGACUGAAACGACACUCCCCAUUCUCAUCGUCGGGGCUGGGAUCAGCGGCUUAUCGCUGGCCCAGUACCUACGAAAAUCCGGCAUACCCUUCCGGAUCUUCGAUCGAGAUGCCUCUAUUGUGUCUCGCACGGGUGGUUGGGGUCUCACUUUCCAUUGGGGUCUUCCAGCACUCAAGGAACUGUUACCAGAGGAGUUAUAUGAACGGCUUGGAGAGUGCAACGUGAAUCCUAAUGCCCAGGAUGCGGGCAAGUAUCGGUUCCUGGAUCUUAAAACAGGCGAAUCACUGCAUGCAGCCACAUUUCCGAAAACAGGUCGCUUACGUGUUAUACGAUCUAAGCUUCGGACUCUCUUGGCUACUGGUAUUGAUAUUGAGUGGUCGAAACGAUGCGUGGAUAUUACCACCGGCUCAGGCGGCGCCACUAUCUCAUUUGAGGACGGCACAACUGCAGAGGGCUGGCUGUUAGUGGCAAGCGAUGGCUCCAACUCUCGUAUUCGCAAAUACCUAUAUCCGUCGGCUUUUGAGAACAUUCCAGUGGCGGUACGUUUGCUAGGUGUAACGGUUUCUUACACACCUGAGCAAGUGGCCUCGGCUUUGGCCAUCGACCCGUACUUUUUUCAGGGUACUCAUUCAGAUUCCAAUAUCUACCUCUUUUUUAGUUUCUUGAACUCUCCAUACAACACAGGAAAUGAUACCGGCAAUUAUAUUUGCCAGGUCAUUGUUUCAUGGGCCGAGAGCAAGGAUAUCAUCAUCCCGGAAAGCAACGUGGAGCGGAUUGGGUUAAUCAAAAAUAUUACAUCCGACUGGACGCCACAUCUCCAAAAGCUGAUUGAAAUCAUUCCAGGUGAUGCAGAAGCAACAGCAAUUCAUUUGGCUGAUUGGUUCCCGACUACGAAGCGUGAGCAUGAACGUGUUGUCCUCAUGGGUGAUGCAGCUCAUACUAUGACCAUGUUUCGAGGCGAAGGUGGUAACAAUGCCGUUACUGAUGCAUACGACUUUGCAAAGAGAAUUGGUCCUUUGAUAGAGCAGAAAAAUCAGCAACAGGAAGUGCUGUGGGAAAGAUUCAACCAGGCUCUAGAUGAGUACGAUCACGAUGUAUUGACACGUGGCCAACCCUGUGUGACAAACGCUCGACGAGCUUGCCUCGAUGCUCAUGACUUCUCCUUGGUGACGGAGGACAGUCCGUUAGUUUCACGUAGGAGUAAAUAG